GAGCAACAUCGCGGCGUACGGGAUCUCCUCGUGGUGGACAAAUAACAGUCUGGAUUACACGGCCCUUAUAAAUAGGGCCAAUUCCUUCUACUUAGUCUGACGGAAGUCAAAUCUCCCAGGAAUCCAACCCAAAACUGUCAUUCAAUCCCAUUUUCCUGAGAAGCCAGACUCCAUUCAAGCAUAAAUAAGGUGAGCCCUGAUUUUGGUUGCUUAAAGACCAAACAUGAGUCUAGCAUGUCUUGUGUGCCAUGGUGUAGAAAGUCCCUCGCACUCUUUUAGGAGUUACUCUGUCUCCAGUUCAGACAACGAGGGAAGAUGUUCUGCAAUGGCAAACUGCUUAACCAGGAAGUCAUCUGUUCCAGCUCCAAGAUCAAAUUCAUCUCGACAGUCAACAUCCAAGGUGACCCCACAUCCAAGCUUUCAGAACCCCAGUGGAAUGACUGGUGCUCCACGUCUAGUCCGAAGUCAUGCUGUAAGAAGGGACCUUGUGAGGGACUGGAACUUCGAUGAGCUUCUGAUGGAGCGCUAGUUUGUUAUGGUUUGGGGUUAGGAGAAUGGAGGUCUCUGUCCCGUUGAGACAGCAUUAGAGCUUUAUCUUUGCUUUUUUCUACAUUAUGCUAGAUGUCCCAGUGGGUGCAAUUGAACUUACUUUUCCACUAGAAGAGUUUGAGCAUUUGUUACCAUCUUAGUAAUACUAAAUCCGAAACACUGUUCGCGAUCUUUGGCUCUUUGCAAGUAUGCCUUGGAAUAUGUAAGUUGUGAAUAAAUUUGAGUGAAAUGUGUUACGCAAUCUGAUGUUUUUUUCUCUCCU